UGGGGACAAUCACUCCCAUUCCGCAUUAUACCGCCAUGGCGCCGUCGAAGGGAAAGCGCAGUCGCCGGGCGUCCAGCACCACGCCGGACAUGCCACCGGCGCCGCCACCACACGAAGAGGGUAUACAAGAUGAUAGCGAGACCUCUGACGUCGCGUGGCCACGAGUACAGGAGCUGUUUCGCAUGCUAAACGACGCCAACGCGCCAGCUCUGGGAGUCCGCACCGACGGUCGCGUGGCGCUCUGGAACCCGCGCAUGGAGGACAUCACGGGCUUCGAGGCCGAUCGAGUCAUUGGCCGCCUCAUCUCAGACUUUGUAUACGGCAAGCAGCGCAAGCAGGAGAUCAGAGAGACCAUCGAGGCCUGUAUUGAAGACAAACGGCCGGAGCUGGAGCUGCGUAUCCCCCUGAGGAACACCAAGGGCCGCAAUGCCCAAGUACUGACUAACAUGACACCGCUGUUGGCUGAAGACGGCACAUGUGUGGGCGUCUAUGGCGUCGGGCAGGAUGUGACGGAGUGGGCCAUUCAGGAGAAGCAGUAUGCCACCGUUAUGAUGCAGGCCAACGCGCCCAUCAUUGAGCUGGACAAGGAGGGAAAUAUCACCGUGUGGAACUCCAAAACUGCGUCCAUGACGGGCUAUGCCAGUGUUGAUAUGCUGGGCGAACCGCUACUACCCGUUGUAGACGAGAGCUUCAGGAAGAUCGUCUCAGAGAAGAUUGACCAGGCGCUAACGGGUAUUCCAGGCGCAGAUUUCGAGUUGCCCUUGGUGACAGCAAGAGGGUCAAGAGUCGAGAUUGUGCUGUGCUUAACGCCGAGGUUUGAUACGCUGGGCUCUGUGAUGGGUGUAGUCGCAAUUGGACAGGAUGUGACGGAGAGAAACACCAAGGAGAUGGAGUACAGGAAGCUGAUCGAGACGGCCAAUGCGCCGAUCUUUGGUGUGGAUACAGAAGGUCGAGUGGUGAUUUUCAACGCCAAGGCGUCGCAGAUUAGUGAGUACUCGCCCGAUGAAGUUAUGGGCGUUGACCUGGUGGAGACGCUGAUAUCCGAAGAGUUUAGACCUGCGGUUGCUGCUGUGUUCCAGAGUGCCUUUCAAGGAACUGAAACGGCAAAUUUCGAGUUCCCCUUGGUCACCAAGACUGGCCGGAAAGUGGAGAUUCUGCUGAAUGCUACACCACGAUACGAUCACACUGGGAAACUUGUAGGCGUUGUUGGAAUCGGACAGGAUAUCACGGAUCGUAUUAUCCAAGAGAAGGAGUACAGCCGACUGAUUGACACAGCAAACGCACCCAUUUUCGGCGUAGAUUGCAAUUACGAGGUGAUAAUAUGGAAUAAGAAGGCUGCCGCGAUUACCGAAUAUACGAACGAAGACACAAUUGGGCAGGAAUUGUUCAAGUUUAUAUCGGAGGACUACCGAGAUGCCGUUGCUAAGGUUUUCUCGAAAGCUUUGGAGGGAAAGGGUACGGCUAACUUUGACUUUCCGCUGAUCACGAAAAGCGGACGGCGAUUGGAUAUUUUGUUGAACGCGACUCCGAAGUACGAUCACUUUGGCAACAUUUGUGGGGCAGUGGGUAUCGGCCAGGACAUUACAGACAGACGUGCUCAAGAGCAGGAGUAUACACGGCUUAUUGACACAGCCAACGCUCCAAUUUUUGGUGUGGAUGCGAAUGGUUGUGUGAACAUUUGGAAUAAAAAAGCCGCCGACACGACACAGUACCCAAACGAAGAGGUGCUCGGGGCGAACUUGGUCGAGAACUUCAUUCCGGAGGAUUUCAGAGAAGCAGUGUGGACAGUCCUAUCCCAAGCGCUGGAGGGACAAGAAACAGCAAACUUUGAGUUCCCGUUGAUCACGAAGGACGGCCGUCGUGUAGAGAUUCUGCUGAAUGCCACUCCACGCUACAAUGAGAAGGGAGUUGUGAUUGGCGUAGUUGGUAUCGGCCAAGAUAUUACGAUUCGUAUGGCCCAGGAAAAGGAAACCAAUCGUCUUAUCCAUUCGGCAAAUGCCCCGAUCUUUGGUGUUGAUCGGGACGGCCUAGUGAACAUUUGGAAUCUAAAAGCAGCAGAAAUCACUCAAUACUCCGCCGAAGAAGUCAUGGGCAAGGAUCUAGUCAACCGCUUUGUUGCAGAAGAGCACCGUGCCACGGUUGAAUUGGAGCUUCAAAGAGCUUUGGAAGGUGAGCAGACAAACAACUUUGAUUUUCCGCUUAUCACGAAGACUGGGCGCCGAGUUGAGAUCUUGCUGAAUGCGACUCCUAGAUACGAUGAACUUGGACAAAUUUUUGGUGUAGUGGGCAUUGGCCAGGAUAUUACCGAACGAAUCGCACAAGAGCAGGAGCUCAUUCGCUUAAUUGACACUGCUAACGCCCCGAUUUUUGGAGUCGACUCCGAAGGGCGUGUGAAUAUCUGGAACAAAAAGGCUGCGGAGAUUAUGCAAUAUCCAGCCGAUGCGGUCAUGGGUGAGCACCUUGUCGAAAAGUUCAUCACGUACGACUACCAAGAGGCUGUGAGUUACGUGCUAUCUGAAGCUCUAAAUGGUGUUGAAACAGCGAAUUUCGAAUUCCCAUUGAUCACGAAAACAGGCCGCCGCAUUGAAAUCUUGCUGAAUGCAACGCCACGGUACAAUGAACAUGGAGCAGUGAUCGGCAUGGUCGGUAUCGGCCAAGACAUCACGGACCGUAUUGCGCAGGAGCAAGAGUACAUGAGGCUGAUUGAUACGGCUAACGCCCCGAUUUUUGGAGUGGAUUCUGAUGGACGCGUAAAUAUCUGGAAUCGGAAAGCAGCUAAUAUCACGCAGUACACGGACGUGGAUGUGUUGGGCAAGGAUCUUGUUGCAGAAUUCAUUUCGGAAGAGUACAAGGUUCCUGUCCGCAGCGUGUUAGAGAAGGCGUUUGAAGGUGUGGAGACUGCGAACUUCGAGUUUCCGUUAAUUACGAAGUCAGGCCGGCGAGUAGAGAUCCUAUUGAACGCUACUCCGCGUUACAAUGAACACGGCGAGGUGAUGGGUAUGGUCGGAAUUGGCCAAGAUAUCACGGAUCGUAUUGCGCAAGAGAAGGAGUACAUGCGCCUCAUCGACACAGCGAAUGCUCCCAUUUUUGGUGUUGACUCCAACGGACUAGUAAAUAUCUGGAAUCGGAAGGCAGCGGACAUCAUGCAGUACACAACGGAAGAUGUGCUUGGUGAGGAUCUGGUUGCCGAGUUUAUUUCCGAAGAGUACAAAGUGCCUGUCCGUAGUGUGCUGGAGAAGGCAUUUGAAGGUGUGGAGACGGCCAACUUCGAGUUUCCCUUGAUUACCAAGGCUGGCCGGCGUGUGGAGAUUCUGCUGAAUGCUACCCCGCGCUAUAACGAGCAAGGUGAUGUGAUGGGUAUGGUGGGCAUUGGCCAGGACAUCACCGACCGUAUCGCUCAGGAGCAAGAAUAUAGCCGUUUGAUCGAUACUGCCAAUGCUCCGAUCUUUGGUGUGGAUGCUAACAUGUGCGUGAACAUUUUGAACAAGAAAGCUGCUCAGAUCACCAAUUUUGCCGUCGAAGAAGUACUGGGAGAGAAGUACGUGGAGACGUUUAUCGCUCCUGAGUAUCAGGCUAUCGUUUAUGACAUCAUGUCGAAGGCAUUGCAUGGGGAUGAAACGGCAAGCUUCGAAGUGCCAGUGAUUACGAAAACGGGGCGAAAGCUGAAUAUUUUGCUUAACGCUACCGCUCGCUUUGACCAGCAUGGCCGCAUUGUUGGCGCGGUGGGUAUUGGCCAAGACAUAACUGAUCGUAUUGCGCAACAAGAGGAAUACGCGAGACUCAUUGACUCUGCAAAUGCCCCAAUUUUUGGCGUCGAUGCAAAUGGUCUCGUUAAUAUUUGGAAUAAGAAGGCGGCGGAAAUCACGCAAUACACGCCGACGGACGUUAUGGGUGAGAAUCUGGUAGAGAAAUUUAUCACGGAGGAUUACCGCGAAGCGGUAGGACUUGUGUUGUCGAAGGCACUGGAAGGCGUCGAGACGGCGAAUUUCGAGUUCCCGUUGGUGACGAAGUCUGGUCGGCGUGUGGAAAUUUUGUUGAAUGCUACACCGAGGAACAACGAACACGGUGAAGUUAUCGGGAUGGUUGGUAUUGGACAGGAUAUUACUGAUCGUAUCGCACAGGAGAAGGAAUACAUGCGUCUCAUUGACACAGCUAACGCCCCCAUUUUCGGCGUCGACUCGAAUGGUCUGGUGAAUAUUUGGAAUCGGAAGGCAGCUGAUAUUAUGCAGUACACGACUGAAGAUGUGCUUGGAGAGGAUCUCGUGGCGAAGUUUAUCUCGGAAGAAUAUCGCGUGGCCGUUCGAUGUGUUCUGGAGAAGGCGUUUGAGGGCGUGGAGACCGCUAACUUCGAGUUUCCGCUGAUUACGAAGGCUGGUCGACGUGUGGAAAUUCUUUUGAACGCAACACCUCGUUACAAUGAGCAAGGUGAAGUGAUGGGAAUGGUCGGCAUUGGUCAGGAUAUUACCGAUCGUAUUGCGCAGGAACAAGAGUACAGCCGACUUAUCGAUACGGCAAAUGCCCCGAUUUUCGGCAUCGAUGCGAAUAUGUGCGUAAAUAUUCUGAACAACAAGGCAGCACAGAUCACGAACUACGCAGCCGAAGAAGUUCUAGGAGAGAAGUAUGUGGAGACGUUCAUUGCUCCGGAAUACCAGGCAAUUGUGUACGAGAUCAUGUCGAAUGCUUUGCAGGGAAACGAGACUGCGAGCUUUGAAGUCCCAGUGAUCACCAAGACUGGUCGAAAGCUAAACAUCCUGCUUAACGCAACUGCUCGCUUUGAUCAGCACGGACGCAUUGUUGGUGUCGUUGGUAUCGGCCAGGACAUUACUGACCGCAUUGCUCAAGAGCAAGAGUAUGCAAGACUGAUCGAUUCGGCUAACGCCCCGAUUUUCGGUGUAGACGGUGAUGGUCGCGUAAAUAUCUGGAACAAGAAGGCAGCUGAAAUCACACAGCAUUCACCUGCCGAUGUGAUGGGUGAGAAUCUCGUGGAGAAAUUCAUCACCGAAGACUACCGUGAGGCUGUUGGUCUCGUUCUAUCGAAGGCGCUAGAAGGAGUUGAAACAGCCAACUUCGAGUUCCCAUUGAUGACUAAAGCAGGGAGGCGAGUGGAGAUUUUGCUGAAUGCAACUUCGAGGUUCAAUGAACAUGGGGAAGUGAUUGGCAUGGUUGGAAUUGGCCAGGAUAUCACUGACCGUAUUGCACAGGAACAAGAGUACAGUCGCCUAAUUGAUACGGCCAAUGCUCCGAUUUUUGGUGUUGACUCCAACGGCCGCGUGAACAUUUGGAACCGUAAGGCUGCCGAUAUCAUGCAGUACACGAACCAAGAUGUGUUGGGCAAGGAUUUGGUUGCCGAGUUCAUCUCAGAGGAGUAUAAGGUGCCAGUGCGGAGUGUUCUCGAGAAGGCGUUCGAGGGUUUUGAGACUGCGAACUUCGAGUUCCCGCUUAUCACGAAGGCUGGUCGGCGUGUUGAGAUCUUGCUGAACGCUACACCGCGGUACAACGAGCACGGUGAAGUGAAGGGCAUGGUUGGUAUUGGCCAAGAUAUUACGGAGCGUAUUGCUCAGGAGCAGGAGUACAGCCGUUUGAUUGAUACUGCGAAUGCUCCGAUCUUUGGUGUGGAUGCCAACAUGUGCGUGAAUAUCUGGAACAGAAAGGCUGCUCAGAUCACGAAUUAUUCUAUCGGUGAAGUCAUGGGCGAGAACCUUGUGGAGACGUUUAUUUCCCCCGAGUUCCGACCUAUUGUGGCUGAGGUGCUGUCUCAAGCCCUAACAGGAGUGGAAACCGCGAACUUCGAGUUCCCGCUGAUUACCCGUCCGGGCACGAGAAUCGAGAUCUUGCUGAACGCGACGCCGCGGUACGACUUGAAUGGUAAUAUUGUUGGUGUUGUGGGUAUCGGUCAGGAUAUCACGGAUCGCAUUGCUCAAGAGCAUGAGUACUUCCGUCUGAUUGAUACAGCAAACGCUCCAAUCUUUGGUAUCGAUACAAACGGUUGUAUCAACGAAUGGAACCAGAAGAUCGAGGAGAUUACUGGCUACCACAAGUCGAGCGUGUUGGGUCUUUCGCUGGUGCACACGUUUAUCAUCCCGGAAAGCAGACAACAGGUUCGACAAUUGCUAAACCAAGCGCUGAUCGGUAUCGACGUUGGUGAGAUGGAGCUUCCGAUGACAACCAAGCGCGGCGUAUUCCUACUGCUUCUUGUGAACGCAUCGAGUAAGAAGGAUAUGCACGGAAACAUCCGUGGUGUGAUUGGUGUUGGACAGGAUUAUACUGCGAGGAAGCACAUGGAGGCAGCUAAGGUGAAUUUCUUGGCUUCGUUCAGUCACGAGCUGCGAACGCCGCUGAACGGUGUACUAGGCAUGUUGGAACUUCUGAAGGAACAGCCUCUGGACAAGGCACCGGAGCGAUAUGUGCACAUGGCAUACGUGUCGGGAUCCCUUCUCCUGAAUCUCAUCAAUGACAUCUUGGAUUUAUCGAAGAUUGAAGCAGGGCACCUUGAGAUCUCUGCUGCACCAUUCCAGAUGCACGAGCUGUUGGAUUAUUCGAUCGAGAUUUUCAAGUUCAAGGCCCGAGAACGCGGACUGAAGCUUGAGCUCAAGUGUGAUGAUAAUGUGCCGAAGGUUGCUAUCGGCGAUGUUGUGCGACUGCGUCAAGUGCUACUGAAUUUGUUGUCGAACGCUAUCAAGUUCACGAACGAAGGCUCAAUUACAGUCACAUGCAGCGUUGUAUACACCCCAGAACUUCCAAAGGCAUUCAAGAAACUGUUGUUCCAAGUCAUCGAUACAGGUAUUGGUAUGGAUGCAGAGGAAAAGAUGCGUCUGUUUUCUCUAUUUACGAAGCUGGAACGCACUCGCCAGAACAAUCCGACAGGUUCUGGCUUGGGUCUAGCAAUCUGCAAGCAACUUGCGGAGCUCAUGGAUGGUCAAAUUGGUGUUGAUAGUGAGCUGGAUGUUGGCAGUAACUUUUACUUCACUGUGGUGGUUCGCUUGCUCGAUGAUAUGGAUGCGAAGGGGUUAUUCUACGCGGCUAAUGAUUUGCUUACCGACGCAUCUGGUGCUGCAUCUCCUAAUGUGGAUACAUCGAACGUGAACUCGAGCGACAGUGCGGUAAGUGCAGCUGCGGUGAAUGCCGCUAACAAUGCGAAGGUUGUGAUUCCAAGACAGGCGAGAAUAUUGGUUGCGGAAGACAAUGAAUUCAAUUGGGAGGUGGUGAAGUGCUUCCUUCAGGAAGCGGACCACCUACUGCAGUGGGAAGUGAAUGGUCGGGAUGCGUUGAAGGCUUACACGGAGAACCAUACCAAGUUUGAUCUUAUCUUCAUGGACUGUGAGAUGCCCGUCAUGGAUGGGUACACCGCUACGAAGGCAAUCCGUCAAUUCGAGCGUGAAAACGACCUGCCACGUAUUCCUGUUCUUGGACUGACGGCCUACGCCAUGAGUGGAGACCGGCAGAAAUGCUUGGGGUCAGGUAUGGACGAGUUCAUGGUAAAGCCCAUCUCGAAGAACAGUUUGCUCAAGGCCAUUCGUCAGUGGAUGCGCGUUCGGUACCUCGGUUCCAAAACGUCUACCGUUUCAGUUGCUGGAUCGGACGACUACCCUCGUGCAAGUUCCGAAGGUGCGAGCGUUGCUGCGUCAGCUCCUACUUUGUCUAUCUCUUCUCCAUCCUCGUCGAAAGACCGUGGUGGGGAUGACCUAGACGUUGUGCCGAUGUCAUAUCCUACAACAUCACCCACCCCGCGCCCAUCCUUCGACAGCCAGGUUGACGACGAAGGAGACUUGUUCAUCAAUCCGCCAGAACCGAGCUCAAGACUUGCCCCCGCCUCUCGUCACAUGCAGCAACUUGAUCUUGCGCGCGCAAUCUCGAAUUUGGAGCUGGAUGAUCCGAUGGCAAUCCGACGCCAGGUUGGACCCACCGUGCGCACUGCAGUACCUACGACGUCGAUCUUUAGCCUGGGCUCUUCGGUCGGGAACAGCACACGCUCCAGCGGCCUUUUGACGCUUCAGCGUGAUACUGGAGGUGCGAUCGUUGACAUUCCUGACUGGAAGCAAAUCAACAAAACGUCUGCGACGUUGCCAAACAUGAAGGACAAACCGCUGGAAGGCGCGGAGACUGCGGAUCACGUGUCGUCUCACAGUAACCCGACUUUGUGGAGCCACCCGCCUUUCAUGGGCAGCAAAAAGGACUCAGCGCCAGCGUCUACGUCUUCUCAGCAGCCGAUGUCGCCCAAUUCUGUUUCGAAGAGUGCACGAUCCAGGGCAGUAACUGAAGGCGGCCAAAAUGCCAACGCACCGCUGUCCUUGCAGCGGUUUGACUCGGACAAGAGCUAUGACGAACACUUGGCAGGGGAUCCGAUUGCAGCGAUGUUAGAGCGUCUGAAUAUCAGUAGCCCGGCCGCCAGAAAUGGGGUCAGAGGUCUUCCCAGCGUCGACCAUGCGAGUGCUACCACCGAGAGCGACGCUGCAGUUCGUGGAACCAUGGACCCUUCCAGUAUUGUCAUUCCCGAGGGCGAUCCUGUGGACUAUUCGUUGGGUGUGCAGCAGUGUGGUGGUCAUGAAGAACUGUUUUUGAGCUUGCUGGAGAAAUUUACAGUUAGUUGUGAAGCGAUCAUGUCACGCGUUUUGGCAGCAUACGAGCAAGGCGACAUCACAGUGACUCGCAGAGAAUCUCAUUCGCUGAAGGGAUCGUCGGCUUAUGUCGCUGCGAUGCGAGUUUCAAAGGCUGCUUUCCGUGUGCAAGUUGCUUGUGAGCAGCUCCAGCAGUGUCAAUCGGAGAUCGGUACAGGCCAGCAACCCGCAGCACUUGCUGACGCCGCUGCCAUGCUCUCACUGAAGCAGUCGCUGGAUGACUCGAUCACGUUGUUGAAGAAGGAGCACCGACACUUGCGCGGCUAUCUCCGCCGCAACUUUGAAUUCCGCGAUCUCACCAGAAGUGGAAAUGCGUCGUCGGCUGCAGCUCUGCGUGCCCAGAAUUCGUCCCAGGAUCGCGCCAAUGGACCCUGCGGGAUCAUGUAAGGAAUCCAGGUAACUUGCCACUUGUAGGAUACCAAAACGGCAACGAUGUACUAUGGCCAAUCUACUUUUUUUUUGCAUUUUUUAUUGAGCAUCUAAACUACUUAUCGUGCCGCUUAAAUAUCAACAGAGGCAAUCUCAUGC